CGUAUGACAGCGGGUGAAGACGUCGCGUUGUCGGCGCCGUCGUUGCGAGACUUGUCGGCCGGCGUCCUAUGCCAAAAGACACAGCUUCAGGAUGUUGUGCUGAAAAUGCAUUUGCCUUUGCCUGUUAGCCAUUCACUGUUCAACAAGAAAAAGGAAGAAUGGCAACGAUCAAAAGAACCCGUCGCGGCAGAGGCAUUGCGAGCAUGGUGCGACUCAUCUCGACUACCAUUGUCGCAUCUUGAUCUGACUGGAGCAGAUUUGACGGAUUCUCUACUAGCUGAUCUACUAGAAGCUCACCAAAGUGGCAUAACACAGUUGGACUUGACUAAUGUGAAGGGCAUUUCCGAUGAAACAAACGCGCUUCUGGACCAACGUAAUGUAGCAUUUCCCAAUCUCCGAUCUCUCAAAAUGACAUCUAUGGAACUAUUGAGCCGUCCUCCCCCGCGCAGGUCCUUAUUUACAUGCUUCAUUCGUGUCGUGGCGUAUGAUUUUCAUUCGAUUUAUCAUUAA